AUGACACACACUACUCGACUUCCAAAGAUAACCACAGAAGAGAUUGAUUUAGAAGGGAUUGAUGCUGAAAAUGCUGAUGCUGACAUAUUUGCACCUUCAUCGCCAACUCCACAUGGUGUUCUAGAAAGAUUGGCCAUUGAAAGAUCAAAUGUUCUCAAACACAAAACCGGUGAGCAAUUUCUCGUUCCUUUGAAUCCUCUAACAUCGGGAUCCUUUGGUCGUUACUUAUUCGAUCCAUUUCUCAAAAUUGACACAAGGAACAGGAGUACACCCGAAAGGAAUGUGAUAACACCCUUCACACCGAAGCUAUCAUUUCGCCAAAAAGAUAAACAUCUUGAUGUUAGUGAAACCGUUGACACUCUUUCUCAAUCUCACGCGUCCGAGGGACCUGCAGCAGUAGACACGACAACGCGUCUUGUUUUACCCCAGUUGAGGCAGGCAGGCGUACCAGAAAAAUUUUCUGAAACAGAUCGGUUCUUAAAGUUGGGAUUUCGAGACAAAGUUAGCAUGAGGCGACAUCGUGCGAAGAAAUCUUUGGUAUUGAAACUACCACCAAUCGAAACAGAAAGUCCAAAUGAUCCUGAAAAUCUAAGAGAUAUUAUCUCAAAAUUAGAGAAAUUGAGCAGGAAACGAGUAGAUGUCAAUCCAAUCCGAAGACGAAUCACUAAACUUCAAUACGACAACCAGGAAAACGCAUGCGUGGCGUGUUUUCAAUAUCCGGGUAUUGAACUGACGCAUGCGCAAGUAUUGCGAAUGGUGAAACAAGAAAUCAAGCGAUGCAAUGGUCGAGUGAAGUCAAUACAAUUUCAAGACAGGAACGUCAUUCACUCUACGGGCGGCCUUGAAAAUCGUUGGAUCAUUACCCUAGACAAUGAAGCGUGUAGAGAUGAGCUGGUGAGAAGGGGCCUAUCGUUUGAACAUGGGCUAGUUGUCGUCAGACAGUAUAUCCAGUUUCUUCACCAAGAUGAACGAGAUUCUGCAUUCAUGCAGAAACUUCAAGCGCAGCGUUCCUCAAAACAGCAGUAACCCAUGUUUCUAUGUGAGAUAUAAAAACUAUUCCAUAGACAUUUCGUGAAUAUAACUUCUCUAAAUCAUCAAGAUGCAUUUUAUCGAGGAGUAUAUUUCUGCAUAGAUAGGAUGUUUGAUCUUAUAUAUUACUGUAGGUCAUUUGAAGACUGGGAUAGAAUUAUAUAUAUA